UGGUCAAUGCUGUGGAGAAAACAACGGUAGCCGCUAGUAGCUAAAGCAGAGAGGAGCGGAGAGGUGAGGAGAGGCGCGGAGCGGGAGCUACUGUUACUUCCACGCACACUGUUUAUCGGCUCUCCAUUCCAGCCUGCCCUGUGGAUACCUAUUCAGCGGUGGCACUGUAGGAUACAGUGACAGUCAUUCAGGCAGGUGAAUGUCUGCAGGCUGUCCGUUCGUGGUGUUCCUGCGUCCAGUCUAUAAGAGGAAGAGUACGUUAUAAGUGGCAGACCUCCCUGUGAGCCGGAGUCUGCGUCCGAUCAGUCAACUCCUGCUAGGGAGACAGCAGCUGCUGCACGCCCUUCACCUGACCCCCCCCUCCCUCCCCUCUGCCACCAUGGUGCUGUCACAGAGGCAACGAGAUGAACUAAAUCGAGCGAUAGCUGAUUACCUUCGUUCCAAUGGAUAUGAAGAGGCAUAUUCAGUUUUCAAGAAGGAGGCAGAAUUAGAUAUGAAUGAGGAAUUGGAUAAGAAGUAUGCUGGCCUUUUGGAAAAGAAAUGGACUUCAGUCAUCAGAUUACAGAAGAAGGUGAUGGAGUUAGAAUCAAAGCUGAAUGAAGCAAAAGAGGAGAUCACUUUAGGGGGACCUAUAGGACAGAAACGAGACCCCAAAGAAUGGAUUCCCCGUCCCCCAGAGAGAUAUUCUCUGAGUGGCCACAGGAGUCCUGUCACCAAGGUCAUCUUCCAUCCUGUCUUCAGUGUCAUGGUGUCUGCCUCAGAGGAUGCCACAAUAAAGGUGUGGGAUUAUGAGACUGGAGACUUUGAGCGUACCUUGAAGGGUCACACAGAUUCUGUGCAGGACAUCUCCUUUGACCAGACUGGAAAGCUGCUGGCCUCCUGCUCGGCAGACAUGACCAUUAAACUCUGGGACUUCCAGGGCUUUGAGUGCAUCAGAACCAUGCAUGGCCAUGACCAUAAUGUUUCGUCUGUAGCUAUAAUGCCCAAUGGAGAUCAUAUAGUAUCUGCCUCUAGGGACAAAACCAUUAAAAUGUGGGAAGUGGCAACCGGGUACUGUGUGAAGACGUUCACUGGCCACAGAGAGUGGGUACGCAUGGUACGGCCCAACCAGGAUGGCUCCCUGAUUGCCAGUAGCUCUAAUGACCAGACGGUGCGCGUGUGGGUGGUGGCCACAAAAGAGUGCAAGGCUGAAUUGAGAGAGCACGAACACGUAGUGGAGUGUAUCUCAUGGGCUCCUGAGAGCGCGCAUCCUACUAUACUGGAGGCCACUGGCUCUGAGACUAAGAAGAGUGGGAAACCUGGACCGUUCCUGCUGUCUGGCUCCAGAGACAAGACUAUCAAAAUGUGGGAUGUCAGCAUUGGCAUGUGCCUUAUGACACUGGUUGGCCAUGAUAACUGGGUGCGUGGUGUGCAGUUUCACCCUGGUGGAAAGUUUAUUGUGAGCUGUGCUGAUGACAAGACUUUGAGGAUCUGGGACUACAAAAACAAGCGCUGCAUGAAGACCUUGAGUGCCCAUGAACAUUUUGUUACCUCUCUGGAUUUUCACAAGGUUGCUCCAUAUGUGGUCACCGGCAGUGUAGAUCAGACAGUAAAAGUCUGGGAGUGUCGCUGAUUUUGCCUGCAGGACCCCACUACCACGGCCCUUCACCCCUGACCCAUUUUUCCCCAUUCUCCAUCCGGAUGCACUUGACCACCAUGGUUUUGACCCACCUAGCUCUGGUUCAAUAACUAUUGUCCUUUUAUGUAAAUUAUUCUGGAUGUAGAUCGAGCUAUUAAAUGUUACACACACAAAAAAGUAUUCUUGCAUGGUGAAUCCAAAAUUGUAUACUGUAAAUUUACAUAACGUUGUCUAGAAGUACCAUAGGUUUAACACAGGCUGAUUUUUCACUCAGCCAUACCUACCGAAGGCGUAAACUGACUGGGUAAAUGUAGGUCACUAUACUGAUAAUUUAAUGACAGUGUUGUCCUUGUUUGUCCCCGUGCCCUGCCCUUUUCUUUGUCUUUUUUUUCUGUCAUUGUCAGUUUAUUGGUGCCUAGGUUGGUGACCUUUUGAGGGGAGAAAGACAACAAAAAUGGAAUACCAUAAUACCUAUAAUCCCUAGAGGAACAAUUGAUUGCCUAUGGGGCCUGUUAUCAGAAUGAUCUGUAGCUUUGUAACAUCAGUGUGCUUACCAUUCUCUUAUUGUGGAACUAUAAGAUAUUUCAAUGGCUGCAUCUAAGAAUGAUAAAACAGUUGUCUUGAAAUGUUAGGGGGAAAAAAAAUUCUUUGUACACUUGUCAUGAAAUGUCCUACUGAGAGAGUCCCUAGACAUGGGAGAGCUGAGAGAAGAAUCUCACUUCAGUCUAAAUUGAAAUUUUUGCCUAAUUUCUACAUAUAGAGGGCAUAUCUUAAGAUGGAGAUCGUCCCCAGAAGCACUUCAAACUUUAUGAGCACCAAAAAUGUUGCCUCUGUGAAGCACUUGAAUUGGCCAUUAGUGCUCAGACAAUGUAGUGCUAGUUUAAAGAGAUUUCUGUACUGCUAAAAUGAAUUCAAAGCUACUCUUGCCCUCACUGAGCUGAUGUUCUUGGCUUGUUUCCUUUCUGCAAAAAUCAUGUAAACUUAACAUUAAAUUGUCUUGUUGAACCAUUUGUGCAAAGCAGGUGUUCUUCUACAAUGCAAAGAAAACCCUCAGUUUGGACCUUUUAGAUAUGAAACAUGACAAGGGCUCAAAGUGUUUCCUAGUGUUCAGCUGGGAAUGUGCAAAGAUCGUUCUUGCAAAUGAAAGGUGGUUCUGUAUAGAAGAAAAAAAUGGGAUAGUGGUGACAUUGCAAUGAAUUGAUAGCUGGGUUUGCCACUGUAUGCAGCCCCAUUCUAUAAUGACUGAUGGGUUAGUGGGGGAUUUUAUUUAAAGGAAUCUAAUGAAAUGCUAGCAGCGGUUAUACUAAUGUCUGCCUGAGCUCUUUGUGGAAAAGCUUGAUGGUCACACCCUAAUUGUAAGAGGGUUUUCACAUAGUAGACCACAGCGGCUCUCCCUCGACCCAGAGAGGAGGAGAGCGCUCAUGGCUCUGUGAACAUCCCAAACAGGAAAGCGCCACAAGCUCUGGAGCCAUUACUGAUGUCUUACGAGUAGUACAUUUUCUCCUGUUCAUCUUGCAAUCUGUGUGGGUAAAUGUAAAACAUAGACACUAUGCUAUGGGAAUUGAUUUAGUGGAUCCCAGAAAUGGAGGUUGACCAUUCCAUAUCUUAAAAAUAAACAACUGCCUUUGUCUUUGGCAGCAAAGUUGAAAGAGUUGAAAAAAAGAAAAGGAAAAAAAAAAAACUAACUUGCACAUCCCUCUCGCAUUGGGUCUUCUGUCCCUUCUGACUGAAGGUCUAAGCAGUUCAAGACUUAUUACUAAAUGCAUAAACAGAUCAUUUUGAUUAGCCUUUUCAUUACGAUGCAAUUCUAUAAUAAAGAAUUCCACUGCUUAACCAGUCUAUUAUCUAGCGAUUUCCUGUUAUGUGUACUGGAUGUACCUGCUGCUGCUGAAAAAUGAUUAGUAGUCUGAGAUCUGUACCUGUCGACAUAGCACUGCUGCAUGUAACAGUACUGAUGGUUGAGCUGUCUGGUGGGGGUCUGUGGUGGUCCAGGUAGUACUGAAUUUGGUGACUAAUCUCAGGCCGUCCUGCGGUGUCUUAAACAGCGACAACUUCCGCUGCAAAACACAAUGGAAGAAAACCUUUAUUUUGUCGCUCGUGACUAGUAAAGGGAGAUGUCCAUGUAUAGUAUGUAGUGCUGUUAACUAUUUAAUGACUCCAAACACAGACACCUUACCAGAUGGGUCAGCUGGCAUGAUAACUGUUAAAAGCUCAGUGUGUGGUUGUAGGCAGACUGGUCUGUGCGUGUGCUCUGUGAAGGAGGUUGACUCCUGACUCUGUUCUUUUUGUGAUGGGAUUGCGGCAGACUGAGGGAGAAGUGCCCAACCAAAACCAACAAACACCGUUGAUGCCUCCUAUAAACGUGGUACAGAUUGCGAUAGUCGCAUCUACUUGUUUAGUUUCUUGCACCUCUUUGUGCUGUAGAGGAGUGUUGGACAGAAAGUUGCCCAUGAUUAUGAUGGGGCUUUUUUGUGCUCAGGCUGAAACUACACUAAAGGGUGUACUCCAUCACAAAAAGUGGUGUGUAAAACAGGUGGAAAUCCUAAACCAAAAAAAAGACAGGGAUUUUGGGGGGGAUUUUUGACUUCUGGCUUAUCAUGUCCAUUUAAGAUGUCUCAGAAAUCCUGCAUUGUUAAAUACCCCCAGGUCCCACUGGAAAUGAUCUAACCAGAUCUUUCAGAACGUCGUAUUGCUCUUAUUCGCGGUGUCCGCAGUUGAUGCUCAAAGCAAGCCAUCCUUUACAGGCGCUACUCCCUCCUGAUUGGCAGAUUUUAGGAUUCCUUAUGCCCAUAAGUCUAAUACAGAAUCAGGACCUGCUUGUCUCUUAGACCUUUCUCGUUUUGACAAGGAAAGGUAAAGAAUAAGCAAUUCUUUGACACGUUCUUCAUUGCGUGAAUGCUCACUACAUGGGCACCAAGGGGUUCUACGUGCCCUGCAAAAAAAAUCACAGGUCCCAAGCAAUCCCAACGCUGCACUCAUAGGAUGGACUAAUGUACAUAAUAAUAUUUGUGGGUCCUUCCUCCAGCCACAAGUUCAUCUGUCAGCUCUACUUGCUUUGUGAAUAGAUUGGAGGCUUCAGUCUUCACAGCUCUAAUGAGACUUUUGCUUUCAUGGUUAUCACUGUUCACACAGCCAAUUGUUAACAAUAUAUCUGGAUGUCAUUAUUGUUUGCAACAUAAUUAAAGAAAAAAAUGUAAA